AUUUGCAAUGCUUGAGGAAAGCACGGGGUAAAGUGAUUGGCUACGGGAGAGUGUAGCGUCACUGCCAGUGAGGGGGAGCUUCAAGGAUGCUCCACUGAGCUGAGAGGGAAUACAUUUGUUGGGAGUUUGCACUGAGAGCUCAGCCAUUAUCAGCUGUACCACUGAGAACAGGGGCUUCUCGGCACAAUACUUUUCCACACCCAGUGCUUGUUGACUCUUCUUCUUGCUCCUCUGCAGCCAUGAAUUAUUUGCGUCGGCGUCUCUCAGACAGCACGUUCAUCUCCAACCUGCCCAAUGGCUACAUGACAGACCUUCAGAGGCCCGAUCCUGCUCAGCCUCCUCCACCUGCCUCCAACCCCCCUGCCAAGUCUCCGACAUCUGGGCCAACACCUCCAGCCACUUCCCCUGCUCCAGAGAGGAAACCCCAGCCAGUUCAAUCGACAGGAGCGGGUUUCUUCAGUUCCAUUACCAACGUUGUUAAGCAGACAGCUGCCUCUGCAGGGCUAGUGGAGCAGACCCAAGUCACGACACCUAAGAAGUUUAAAAUUCUCCUGGUCAUUGAUGAACCACAACAGGAGUGGGCCAAAUUAUUCCGCGGAAAGAAAAUACUUGGGGAUUAUGACAUCAAAGUGGAACAGGCUGAAUUCAACGAGAUCAAUGUCGUAGCUCAUGCGAAUGGAACCUGCAAUGUUAACAUGCAGGUUCUGAGAAAUGGUACCAAGGUUGUCAGGUCAUUCAAGCCAGACUUUGUCCUCAUUCGUCAACAUGCCUUCAGUAUGACCCAGAAUGAAGAUUUUCGCAACCUGAUCAUUGGCCUGCAGUAUGGUGGUGUGCCAAGCAUCAAUUCCCUCGAGUCCAUCUACAACCUGUGUGACAAGCCGUGGGCGUUUGCCCAGCUUAUCAACACCUGCAGAAAGUUAGGUCCUGAGAAGUUCCCUCUGAUCGAACAGACUUUUUACCCUAACUACAAGGAAAUGGUAAGCAUGCCAUCAUUUCCUGUUGUUGUGAAGAUUGGACACGCCCACUCUGGUAUUGGAAAGGUGAAGGUGGACAACCACAGUAAGUUCCAGGACAUAGCUAGUGUUGUGGCUCUUACCCAGACCUACACCACCACAGAGCCUCUCAUUGACUCCAAGUACGAUAUCAGAAUCCAGAAGAUUGGCAGCGACUACAAAGCUUACAUGAGAACUUCCAUAUCUGGUAACUGGAAGACCAACACGGGCUCAGCUAUGCUUGAACAAGUGGCCAUGACUGAUAGGUACAAGAUGUGGGUUGACACCUGCUCAGAGAUUUUCGGGGGUCUGGAUAUUUGUGCAGUUAAAGCUAUCCAUGGGAAAGAUGGCAGAGACUACGUCACUGAGGUGGUUGGUUCUUCCAUGCCGCUGGUAGGUGAACACCAGGCUGAGGAUCGACAGCUCAUUGCAGACAUGGUGCUAGCAAAAAUGAACGAGUUAGCGGAGAAAGAAGCUAAUGCUCCCAAGAGACCCACCACCAUACAACCAUCCCAGGGGACCGGGCAGAAGGGAGAGAUUACUGGUGAACCCACCAAGAACGGUGCUGGGCGCCCGCCUCAAGGUUGUCUGCAGUACAUUCUUGACUGUAAUGGCGUUGCAGUGGGUCCAAAACCAGUCCAGGCCAACUGAGUAACCCAGUAGAAUGGGGAUAUCUGAGAGUCUAGAUAACAGCGAUGUACCUGCUGAACACAUGCACAGACGUGUGUAUGUGUGUGUGCGUGUGUGGAUGCUCAUAGCUAGAGUCAAAUUUUGGUGGCGUGAGCUCAGUACAGAUGAGUGCUGGCCUGGACUGUGUUUUAAACUCUAUGCAGUGUCAAAAUGUACUGUCUACUUGUUGACCUGUUGAUUUAAGUGUGCUUUUAUAGGACACCUGUGUUUCAGUAGCUGUGGUUUUUCUUUGGGGCUGUCGUUGAUGAUGUAAAAAGCAGAUUGUGCCUACACUGAGUUCAGUGCUGCUCUGUGCUACUCGUUUAACCCAGCUAUGGAUCUUUCAUUUGCCCCUCCCACCCCUUUUCUUUUUGUUUUGUGUACCUUUAAAUAUUGUUCAAACUGUGGACGACUCUACAGUUUGAAACUUGUGUAUAUCUCAAUAUGUAAACAGUAAGUGGGUGUGUAUGGUUGUAGUAGUGAUUAUUUUCGUACUAAUACUAAUAAAUAGAGUUUUUUAAUUUGUUUUGCAUGAUUGAUAGAAAGGCAGGUGCAAGUCAGUUAUAAAUGUCUGAUCAAGUGGGAUGUUCACGUAACAUCGCUGUUACACCGCUGUAUUUAUCUAAGCUGUGUUCGCUGUGAUUCAUGCAUUGUGAAUGUGUCAUAAGAAAUGCAUAUUAUAAGUUGUACAGGAUAAAGUGUAGACAUACAGUAGAGACAUACAGUAUAUUGCCUUUCCAAAAUCUUUUUUUUUCUCUUUUUCAUUACUAGUUUCACUAGAGAAGAGAUUAUACAGAGUUUUAAUAGAUAUUUAAUCAAUGAUAGAAUUAGUCUAAGAUGUAUUGAUGAUUUUAUUAUGCAGAAGGUGUGCAGGUGUCUACAGACAACUUCUAUAUAUUUUGAACCAAAGAACAUAUCGGUUACUUUUAAUCAGUCUUUGCACUCCAGUAACCCACAACGUAAGUACCAGUGAUGAGACCGUUAAUUCUGCGGUUGUCACACGGAGUGUGCAAUUUAAUCAGAGCAGAGCGCUCCAAGAUAACAGUUAUGUUUUCAAAUUGCCUGUUGUAAGUCACACAGCAGUGAACUGACGCUGCAUUCAAGCUGUUGUGUGGAGGCAGACAUUAUUUCUGAUAAUAAAAAGCUGUGUAAUGUAUGAUUUGCCCCCUCCAUUCCUUUCUCUCACUCUGGAGAUCAGCUAUCAUUGGAGGUGUUGCCAUGACAACAGUGCAAGUGCUCUGAGAUUUAGUCUGGAUUCCGGUAGUAGUACUGUGUCCCCGUUACUGCCAUUCAAAGAUUCCUUUGAGAUGUUGGAAAUUGCAAUAAUUUAUUUAUUCAUUUUGACUCUUUUAGAAGAAUAAUGUAUUUUUUUUAAUCCAACCAAUCAUCAAAUUGAUACGACAAAGCUAUAGCCAUCCAUGCAUUAAAUUGUGUUUAGGCAAGUGGGUUGUUUGUUUUUUUUUACACAAUCGAUCCUUGUCCAGUGGCUUUUGUGUGGAAGCCAUUUCGUAUAUCCAAUACAAUAAAUGGUGUAACAGCUAAAAAGCAACCAAAUCAACUGUAAAAAUAAAUCUGCACCAUUUUCCAACAAUUUGUUUGUUACAACAGUAUAAAACAUGUUCAGCAAGUUCUGUGUGCAGUCUUUUUCUAAGUUGUAUAAAGUGCCAUUGUAACUGUGAGCGUGUCCUUGUAAAAGCCAUGCCUGCGGCUUAUUGGAUGUGUCGUUCUGUUUAAUAGGAAGUAUGCCAUGACAAUGAUUUUCAAAGGAAGAACAUGCAGAGGUACCCCAUCAGUAAUAGCUGCAUGGUGACGCCUUGGUCGGUGAUUGUGAUUAUUUGGUCACUGUGUUGAGGUGGAACUUGUGUCUUCAGACCUAGUGAACUGUAUGCGUUAAAGACCGUGGUACUUUUGAGGCCAGUGUUGAGCUGUUCGUAUCAAGAUCAGAGGACAAUAUAUUGUAGAGGGGAAAAAAUCCUCUCUGGAAAUUCCACCUCUGUCACUGGCAAUAAAGCUUCCUUUGCAAUACAUGCUUGGUCUGUGUCCUCGUAUGUGUUACGAUGAUGUUUUAAUAAUUUUAUUCAUUAUGGAAACACUGGGUAAUGUGACAGACUCAUCUAAAUUACACAGUCUAGUGGGCAAAAGUUCAGCUGCUAAGCACACAUACUGCGAUGCUUCCAAUGCAUGAAAUUAUAUCUGUAUUGUGAAAGAGAUGGUGAUAACACAUCUCCUCUGCUUUGUGCCUUCAUAUUGUGCUGUUUGUCUUAUAUGUUGAGAAUGUGGGAUAUUUUAUUUGUAUCACACAAGUUAAUGAAUAAAACAGUAAUCAUGGA